GGGAAAGCGAGUGCGUACCGUGCCGCACUAGGGAGGAGGGCGAGGGAAUCCAAAUUGAAAUCAAAUUCGUCGAAAAAUUCAAACGCCAGCAGACAAAAAGUCCGCAAAAUCCACCGCAUUCGCACCAAAUCCGAAGGAAAUAUAAACAAACAAACCGCACUCGACCUCGCCGUCUCCACCCCCCGCACGCGGCGUGCUCCACGCCGCCCUCCGCGUCUUCGGCCUGCCCCCCCCCUCCUCCUCGUCCACUUCAAAACCCCCACAGCCGCGCACCGGAGUCCGAAGGGAGGCGGGGUCCUAGAGCUCGUCGUCGCGGCAGUGGGGACGGCCGAGGUUAGAGCCCACUGCCCCACCCCCCGCCCCGCCGCGUCCCCGUUUCCGGUCUCGGCGUUCGAGCUCCGGCUAGAUUGAUCAGAGGUUUGUGCCUGCUGUUUUUCCCCUCUUCUGGGCGCGUUCCCGCUCGUGGCGUUGCAGUCGUUGGUUGGCUGAUUGAUCGAUUGGGAUGGAGCAGAAUGGAGAGAGCCACCUCAAGGAGCCACUUCUCCCGGCUUCUGAUGGGGGUUUUGGCACUUCUCCCGCCGGGGCGUCUCUGCGGAAGCAGAGGAAGAUGAGGAAGGUCAUGUUCAGUGUCCGGGGUAUCUCCUGCGCUUCAUGUGCCGUGUCGAUAGAGACCGUCGUGGCGGGUUUGAAAGGAGUGGAGAGCAUCCAGGUCUCCGCCCUUCAGGGCCAGGCUGUGGUUCAGUACAGGCCGGAAGAAAUCGAUGCAAGAACCAUAAAAGAAGCUAUUGAGGACCUCAACUUCGAAGUUGACGAACUUCAAGAACAAGAAAUUGCUGUGUGCAGGCUUCGGAUAAAAGGAAUGGCUUGCACAAGCUGUUCCGAAUCUGUCGAGCUAGCACUUCAAAUGGUACCUGGAGUGAAAAAAGCUGCAGUGGGGCUUGCCCUAGAGGAAGCUAAGGUCCACUAUGAUCCAAACGUCACCAGUCGUGAUCUUAUAGUUGAGGCUGUUGAGGAUGCUGGGUUUGGGGCUGAUCUCAUUAGUUCUGGGGACGAUGUGAACAAAGUGCAUCUAAAACUUGAGGGUGUGGAUUCUCCAGAAGAUACCAAACUUAUCCAGUCAGUGCUGGAAUCUGCCGAAGGGGUGAACAAUGUUGAAUGGGACACAGUUGAGCAGACGAUAAAAGUUGCAUAUGAUCCUGAUGUCACUGGUCCACGAUUACUUAUUCAGUGCAUCCAGGACGCUGCACAGACCCCUAAAUGCUUUAAUGCUAUCUUGCACUCACCACCAAAGCAAAGAGAAGCAGAGCGCAAUCACGAAAUUAAGAAUUACAGGAACCAAUUUCUCUGGAGUUGCCUGUUUUCGGUUCCUGUGUUCCUGUUCUCCAUGGUUCUUCCUAUGCUUUCUCCUUUUGAGGAUUGGUUGUCUUAUAGACUCUGCAACAACUUGAAGAUAGGUAUGCUACUGCGAUGGUUGCUAUGUUCCCCAGUCCAGUUUAUUGUUGGUUGGAGAUUUUACAUUGGAGCUUAUCAUGCACUCAAACGAGGAUACUCAAACAUGGACGUGUUGGUUGCUUUGGGAACAAAUGCUGCCUACUUCUAUUCCGUGUAUAUAGUUCUGAAAGCACUAACAUCAGACUCAUUUGAAGGGCAGGAUUUUUUUGAAACUAGUGCUAUGUUGAUAUCUUUUAUAUUGCUGGGAAAAUAUCUGGAGGUGGUGGCAAAGGGAAAGACAUCAGAUGCUUUGUCAAAGUUGACGGAACUUGCACCAGAAACAGCUUGUCUUCUUACUAUUGACAAGGACGGAAAUGCCAUUUCAGAAACGAAGAUCAGCACCCAAUUACUUCAAAGAAAUGAUGUCAUUAAGAUUGUACCUGGUGAAAAAGUCCCUGUUGAUGGCGUAGUCAUCAAAGGCCAAAGCCAUGUCAACGAAAGUAUGAUAACUGGAGAAGCAAGGCCUAUUGCAAAGAAACCAGGAGACAGGGUUAUCGGGGGUACUGUAAACGAUAAUGGUUGCAUAAUUGUUAAGGCCACUCAUGUUGGGUCAGAAACAGCUUUAUCGCAAAUAGUUCAGUUGGUUGAAGCUGCUCAACUUGCACGGGCUCCAGUGCAGAAAUUGGCAGACAAGAUUUCACGGUUUUUUGUUCCAACUGUCGUGGUGGCUGCAUUUCUUACAUGGCUUGGCUGGUUCAUAUUUGGACAAUUUCACCUCUAUCCUCGACAAUGGAUUCCAAAGGCCAUGGAUAGCUUUGAGCUGGCUUUGCAGUUUGGAAUUUCUGUUCUAGUUGUUGCAUGCCCAUGCGCUCUGGGACUGGCUACACCAACUGCUGUUAUGGUUGCCACUGGAAAAGGUGCUUCUCAAGGUGUUCUCAUCAAGGGUGGAAAUGCACUCGAGAAAGCUCACAAGGUUAAAGCUAUCAUAUUUGAUAAAACUGGAACCCUGACUGUUGGUAAACCUUCUGUCGUUCAAACAAAGGUCUUCUCGAAGAUACCACUUCUAGAACUGUGUGAUUUGGUUGCUGGUGCUGAGGCAAACAGUGAGCAUCCUCUAUCAAAAGCUAUAGUUGAGCACACAAAGCAGCUCAGGGAACAAUAUGCAUCUCAAAAUGAUCACAUGAUGGAAUCGAAGGACUUUGAGGUGCAUCCAGGAGCAGGGGUCAGUGCCAACGUCGAAGGCAAGCUAAUUUUGGUUGGAAAUAAAAGGCUCAUGCAAGAAUUUGAAGUUACAUUGAGCCCUGAGGUGGAGGCAUACAUGUCCGAAACGGAAGAGCUUGCUAGGACCUGUGUGCUUGUUGCUAUCGAUAAGACUAUCUGUGGGGCUCUUGCUGUGUCAGAUCCUCUGAAGCCUGAGGCAGGCCGUGUCAUUUCGUACCUUAACUCAAUGGGCAUCUCUAGUAUCAUGGUGACAGGUGAUAAUUGGGCGACAGCAAAAUCCAUAGCAAAGGAAGUAGGGAUCAGCCAGGUGUUUGCCGAGAUUGAUCCAGUUGGAAAAGCUGAAAAGAUCAAGGACUUGCAGAUGCAAGGGUUGACGGUGGCAAUGGUUGGCGAUGGGAUCAAUGACUCGCCAGCCCUGGCCGCAGCAGAUGUAGGCAUGGCAAUCGGCGCUGGCACGGACGUCGCCAUCGAGGCCGCUGACAUUGUCCUGAUGAAGAGCAGCCUCGAGGACGUGAUCACUGCCAUCGAUCUCUCACGGAAGACCCUCUCGAGGAUCCGGCUGAACUACGUCUGGGCCCUGGGUUACAACGUCCUGGGCAUGCCAAUCGCAGCCGGCGUCCUGUUCCCGUUCACGGGCAUCCGGCUGCCCCCAUGGCUCGCCGGGGCCUGCAUGGCCGCCUCGUCGGUGAGCGUUGUCUGCUCCUCGCUGCUCCUCCAGCUCUACAAGAAGCCGUUGCGCGUCGAAGACAUGCCGGGUCCCAGGGAUGGCUCGGAUUUGUUGUAAAGACUGAUCGGUGUACUAAAGAAUUUGUUGGUGUCGCCAUGGGUAGGCUAUAUUGAUGCUGACAUACGCCUUGCCAGCAGUCGCACCAAGUGACCAAGGAGCCGCGGUCCUCCUGAUUGAUUUGUGUACAGGAAGUAGUUUCAUGGCAUUGUUUUCCCCUUUUGAGACAGUUUGCUGAUUGAUUGUUCAAUAAUUCAGGACAUGCUUAAUUGCUGUUGACUGAUGAAUAUAUGCGGAAUGAUAUUCAGACA